GUUGAAGUGGUUUUGCUGGUCGACAAUUGCCUGUCGCCAGAGCUGUAAGACUUGUACGAGGAAGGCCUUGUGGUGCAACAUAAAGAACCUUUUGCGCUUCUGACGCUCGUGACGAUCGGAUAAUUGAGACUUCAGCGCUUUGACAGCACAGCGGAGUCUUCGAUGCUUCUGUGCGUGGCGUUCGUGGUAUCCAACGAGCUCCUUCUCGAUCCACUGGUCCGUACACACGCUCUCCCAGUGAUUAAACCAGGCAGAAAGUUCUCGACGCCGGCGCUUGGCUGCCAUCUGCUGUAUUCCAGAGCGACGAUGAGCUUGGUCUGCAGCGAUGUGAUGCCAUUGUUGGAGACGCUGGAGACGUUGAGACUGGCGAAUCUUUCGUCGCAACACGCGGAGUUUCAGUCUGAAUAUGGUGAACGAUCUCCACUGGAAAAAACAGUUAGCAGCAGCACUAAGGAAAUAGCGACACCGGAAAGUGUCGACCUUCUCCUUAAGCUUUUUCAUGUAGCAAACGCGUGCUAGAAGUGCAUUGAUAUAUCGGCGAAAGAGGUGGGUUCUAGCAAAGGUAUCAGCUCGCAAACGCUGAUGUUUCCUGAACUGAGCGACAUUGAACCACUGCAUGACGCGUCCCCAGAACUUCUGCUGAUGGCAUAACUGCCAGUGACGACAGGCUCGCUUUAGCAAUUCUCGCUUUCGAUCACUCUCGGUGCACACAAUUCGGAAGUUCGAAAUGACACGGCGUUUGCGCUUUUCAACUAACAGAGUCGCUAACUUGCUUUGCAACUGCGUCAAUCUCAAUCUCGAUUGUCUCCAGUUAAAAAGGAGUUGGAAGCCUCGAUACAAGAGGGAUGUUUGCCAGUGACGAAGAGCUUGAGCUGUAAGAACCCGUUGACGUCUCCAGUUUGCAAUUCUCACUUUCCACAGUGCGAAAACCUUUCGAAUGGAGAAUCGCUGUCGAAAGCGAACAGCCAGAGCGAUGGUUGAUCGCUCUUGCCGCUUAAAA